AGAUUUGACAAAUGUUUAAACUCACAUGAGGGGAAUAACCUCCCUAUUAUUUGUUUUCAUUAAAAUGCAUUGUUUUGUUUUGUUGUUGUUGUUUUCAGUUGCAUGUCGAUCCUGAACAGCACUGAACUCUCUGGAUGGAAGUGUGGGUCGUGCCGGUUGUUUUUUAAGUAUUGGCACCAGGAAGAGUUGGCACGUCUGCUGGAGAGACUGGGACGAGCGGCACUAGUCAUUCAGAAGAAUUACCGCGCUCGGAUCUGCCGGAGGAGGUUUCUGUCUCUGCUGGCGGAGAUACGGCGGCAGCGGCAGGCUCAGCGGGAGAGAGAGGAGCGUGAGGAAGAGGAGGAGAGGAGGAGACAGCAGCUGGAGGACGAGAGGAAGAGGCGUCUGGAGCUGGAGCAGGAGAACCUGCGACCGGUGCCUCUGCCGAGGAAGAAGAAGCCGGAGCCCAGGCCGCGCUCGGUGCUGAACACCCUCCCGAAAGCACCGCAUCUUGCACCUGUACCGCGGCCCCGCAGCAAGCUGUUUGAGGCGACUCCGUUUGAUAACGAGCUGAAUGCUUCUCUGAUGCUUCAGCCGAUCGAUGAAGAGCGAAUGAAAGAGAAACACCUGAAGAAGACCAACACCAUCCGCUGGUUCAAAGAGACGCAGGCGAAAGCUGACCUCAGAGACGGAGGCUUCCCCUGCUGGUUCCACGGCAUGAUCACACGCAGACAAGCAGAAGAUCUCCUGAUCGACAGACCUCUGGGCUGCUUCUUGGUGCGUGUGGGUCAGAGCCGGGAGGGUUACACGCUGACCUUCAGGGGAGCUGAUCGCUGUCGUCACUAUAUGGUGGAGAUGCAGAGCAAUGGGAAGUAUGUGAUUCUCGGGGAGGAUCGGGCUCAUUCCUCUCUCACAGAUCUGGUGCAGUAUCACACUCAGGUGGGCAUCAAGCCCUUCAUGGAGCUGCUGACGCUGCCCUGCGGUCAGGUGAGUGUCCUGCACUCAGUGUUGGGAAGCUUACUUUGUGUAAGCUACAGAUUGUAAGAAGCUACAGAUUAC